UGUACAGGUGGCAGGGGAUUCACGGUUCAUCCUGGCGGCCGAUCAGAUAGUUAAAGGUAAUUAUGAAGCUUCGGAAGGGGGAGAGGGUGAAGCCUUGCGCCUGGAAGGGUCUGGAAACCUGGACGUGGGCGGGGCUAUGACCAAGAGUGCCCGACGGUGUGUGCCAAGCCUGGCGUGUCCUCCUCAAUAGGCACCACGUGGGCACGGCGGUCAGCCUUCACCCGCGGCCCUGGAGGAACAGUAGGGGGGGGAUGUGGGCGCGGGAGUGAAGGAGCAACGGUGCAGCGGCGGCGGUGGGCGUGGUGGUGACGCGGCCAGGCAUGGAUCGAUCCCCCCGGUGGUUCCAGCGUCAGCGGUGCGGCGAGGCCUCAGUCAUGAUGCCGGCAGCCGGAGGAGCGCCGGCACCACGCUACCUCACCGCCUGACGCGCCCCGUGCUGCUAGCCUGUCCUGCCGCACCCUCACCCUCCCCCAACCCGCCGCUACAGCAGCCCCAGACUCGUGACUCCUUCACCUCAGCGACCCGACACCCGCGGCCUUGACUUAGUCCCCAGGAGGCCCUGCAGACAUCCACACCAUGGGAGGUGAAGAGGAAAGUCCCCGUCAGGAGGCGGAUGACAGCAUCAGAGUCAUCUGCCGCAUCCGUCCCCUCAACAAGAGCGAGGAGGCAGCGGGGAGCAAAUUUGUAUGCUCCUUCCCGUCCUCCCGCGGCCAGGAGGACCAGAUGGUCUCCGUUGGGGGGAAGGUUUACCUGUUUGACCGAGUAAUCAAGCCCAACUCAACCCAGGAGAAGGUGUAUGACAUUGUAGCCAAGGACAUCGUGAAAGAUGUACUCAAUGGAUACAAUGGAACCAUCUUUGCCUAUGGCCAGACCUCCUCAGGCAAGACCCACACAAUGGAGGGCAAGCUGGGCGACCCCACCUACCAGGGUAUCAUCCCAAGAAUCGUGCAUGAUAUCUUCAACCACAUCUACAACAUGGAGGAGGCGCUGGAGUUCCACAUCAAGGUGUCUUACUUUGAAAUCUACAUGGACAAGAUCAGGGACUUGCUGGAUGUGUCCAAAGUCAACCUGUCGGUGCAUGAGGACAAGAACCGCGUCCCGUCUGUCAAGGGAGCCACGGAGAGGUUCGUCUCAUCACCAGAGGAAGUGUUUGAGACGAUUGAGUUGGGCAAGUCCAAUAGGCAUGUCGCCGUCACCAACAUGAAUGAGCACAGUUCUCGAUCACACAGUGUUUUCCUGAUUCAAGUGAAGCAGGAAAACAUAGAGAACCAGAAGAAACUCUUAGGAAAGCUGUACCUGGUGGAUCUGGCUGGUUCUGAAAAGGUGAGCAAAACAGGUGCUGAGGGAGCUGUGCUGGAUGAGGCCAAGAACAUCAACAAAUCACUCUCAGCACUUGGAAAUGUGAUUGCUGCUCUCGCUGAUGGGAAGACCCAUGUGCCUUACCGAGAUUCCAAGCUAACCCGCAUAUUGCAAGAGAGUCUGGGAGGCAAUGCCCGCACCACCAUUGUCAUCUGUGCCUCCCCAGCCUCCUUCAAUGAGGCAGAGACAAGGUCCACCCUUGACUUCGGAAAAAGAGCCAAGACAAUCAAGAACUGUGUCACUGUGAAUGAGGAGCUGACAGCUGAGGAGUGGAAGAGGAGAUACAAUAAGGAGAAGGAGAAGAACGUUAAGAUGAAGGCACAAGUAGAGCGUAUGGAGGCAGAAUUAGCUCGCUGGCGUAGUGGAGAGAAGGUGUCCUCAGAGGAACAGAUUGCUGUCGACAUGGAGAAGUCAAUGGUGUCAUCUGUUGUUGAAGAGCCCCCCAAGAAGCCAGCAGCUCCUCCCAUGAGCAACGAGGUGCGGGAUGCUUGGGAGAAGGAAAGGGAGCAGCUGUACCAGAGCCUGGAUGAGAAGGAUGAGGAGAUCAAUCAGCACAGCCAACUGGCAGAGAAGCUGAAGGAGCAGAUGCUGGAGCAGGAAGAGCUCAUUGCUGCCACCCGGCGUGACUAUGAGGUGCUGCAGACGGAGAUGGCGAGGAUCCAGGCUGAGAAUGACUCUGCCAAGGAUGAAGUGAAGGAGGUGCUGCAAGCACUGGAGGAGCUGGCCCUCAACUAUGACCAGAAGAGCCAAGAGGUGGAGAGUAAGUGCAAGGAGAAUGAGACACUUACUGAGGAGCUCACUGACAAACAGACAGCCCUCACUUCCAUGCAGGGGGAACUACAACAGAUCCGGGACUCGUCAGUUCACCAGAAACGAAGGAUGAACGAGAUGCUGUGCUCGCUGCUCAAUGACCUCGGGGAAGUGGGGCAUGUGGUGGGCGGCACAGCUGGUGACCUCUCUCUCAAGAAUUCUGGAGACCCCAACAAGCUUGAGGAGGAGUUCACAAUGGCACGACUCUACGUAUCCAAGAUGAAGAGUGAGGUUCGGAAUCUUGUCCAGCGGUGCAGCACUCUGGAAAACUUCCAGGGUGACUGCAACAAGAAGAUUGAUGAGUAUGAGAAGGAGCUGAGUGACUGCCGCCUGCUCAUCAGCCAGCAUGAGGUUCGCAUGAAGACCCUGCAGACAUCCAUGCAGGAGGUGGAGACACGCAAGAGGCAGCUGGAGGAACAGGUUGACUCCCUGAGUGAAGAGGUGGCCAAAUUGAAGGCAGCUGAGAGCCUGACAGACUCUGAGGGCUUAUCCAAGGAGGCCCUAGAGAAGCAGAUGGAGACACACCGUGAGCUGCACCAGAAGCAGGUGGCUCAACUGAGGCAGGAGAUUAACGCCAAGCAGGCCCUGGUGGAGGAGCUGAAGGACCACAACCAGAAGCUGAGUGUGGAGCAUGAGCAGCUGAAGGCAGAGUAUAGCAAGCUGAAGGCAGAGGAGGCGGAGAAGAGCGCCCGCCUCCAUGAGUUGAUCUUGCGUCACUGGACUCCCCGAGCCUACCCAAGUCUUCAGAAUGAGCGUCGGGAGCAGGCUCACCAUGAUCUGAAGGGACUGGAGGACACAGUGGCUAAGGAACUUCAGACUCUCCACAACCUUAGGAAGAUGUUUGUGCAAGACCUCCAAGCUCGUGUCAGAAAGUCAGCGGCAGGAGAAGACGAGGACAUCCUGGGAGGAUCAGUCGCCCAGAAACAGAAGAUCAGCUUCCUUGAGAACAACCUGGACCAACUGACCAAGGUACACAAGCAGCUUGUGAGGGACAAUGCUGACCUGAGAUGUGAACUGCCCAAGCUGGAGAAGAGACUAAGAGCCACCAUGGAGAGAGUGAAGAUCAAUGAUGAGGGAGCCUUGCUCAGUUCCUCGCUCAGGCUAGAGGAGCACAGACCACCACACAACCUCCCGGCCGUGCCUAGUCUCGAGCAACGUCUUGUGGCAACCAUGGCCCGGGUCAAGGCCCUGGAGACAGCCCUGAAGGAGGCCAAGGAGGGCGCCAUGAGGGACCGGAAGCGCUACCAGUAUGAGGUGGACAGGAUCAAGGAGGCUGUGAGGCAGAAGAACCUGGCCAGGAGGGGACAAGGAGCACAUAUUGCCAAACCAAUCCGCACGGGUCCAGCCAGCCUCCUGUCCCGGCCCGGUGCUCUGGGCAUGAUGGGACGUGCGCCAGGCAACGCUCCACUCCCCCGCCAGUUUGUAGCCUCCAACAGCUAGACACUCUCCAUUCAGAGCUCCCAAGAUGCCAGCAGUACAUAGCAGCCUGGCACAUUGUAAGGCGGCACCCAUCCACCCACACACCCACACCACCACCGGCCUCUCACACUCACCUGGACUGAAGUAAAAAAAAGAAUAACUAGCGUUCAUCUGCCUUUGUAAUUCCUAAGCUAGCUACUGUUGGCCUGAGUGAUAUUCAUCUGUUAGUGUCCUGCAUCAUGCAUAGGUUUUGUGUGUGUUGUUUUAGGGCUCAAUGUCUUGUGUAUUGCCUCUGUUUUCACACCUCUGUUGAGUACUAUAGUCUGGUGAGGAUAUCUGGUGAUGGCAGAAUAUUAUAACUGGAAGGAAUUUAUCAACACCCAAGAUUGGCAAGGGAUGUGAACCUUGAAUUUAAUAGAUGACAAGUAUGAAGGGUUUCUAAUCAUUCCUGAGUGUUACCAAUGGACUAAAAAGGUCUUUUAGAAUAUAUUAACUGUAAUGUCACUACUUGGCUUGCCUGUACUGGGAGAUCAGUUUGUGAUGUUUUCAAGAUAACUAUACACACCUUUGGUUUCCUUUAUUCUAAUUCAGUUCAGAUAAUUUCAUCCAUCAAUUCAGAUAUCUUUGAGGUCGGUUUACCUGAGAUUGGAAAAAAGAGAUAUGCAAUUAAGUUAAUGUCCAAUCCCCCAUGACAAUUUGUGAUAUCUUUCUAAAUGUCCUUCUUUGUCUACCUUGUCCAAUUCAUUAACCUAACCAACUGCCUGGCGUGCAUCUAACCUCUUCUUAUACAGGCUAUCUGUGUUUUCAUUGUCUGGGUUCAAAGCAGACAUUCAUGUCAUGUUAUUCCUUAAACAAUUUGGAUUAUCUGCUAAUUCCAUGCCAUAUAGUGAUUUUUUUCCUCUGGUGUGAUUUGUUGGAAUGGCUAAUUUUUAUUAGUUAUAAUGCAUCAUAAAAUUGUGUCGAGCUGCGCGAUUGUUAUGGUUUAGAGGAAAAUUGGCACGAAGCAAUAGUAUAGCAUAUUUUCUAAGGGACCGGUGACAUGUGAUGUUUUGAAUUUUGGCGCGCAAAUCGAAGCAGGGCAUUCCAAUAAUAUAAGUAAAUGAAACAUUAUCGGAGCCUUACUGCAAACAGAUACACCAAGAUGGCAUAUAACUGUAACUUAUUUGCUUAGAUAUUGAGAGCAUUAAACCAAAGAAUGCAAGUUAAGUGAGGAGUAUGAAGAUGUUUUGGAAGACCGUUAAUGGAGUGCAGGCGAUGUCAACAAAACACAUCUGGCAGGGCGGGGACGGCUGGUCGCAGCUGCGAUAGUGCUCAUAAUUCCGUGUGUACGUGUGUAGUGUUGGACCUGUAGCUGAACACCAAGGCGAUGACUCGGAGGCCUCGCCACCUCCAAUGGGCGCCGCGUGGGUGAGUGUCAGACCGCAUAACAUGGUAUUGGAGCCUCAGUACAGGAGGCUGUGUGUGACGCAUUAUAUGAUAUCCAGGAUUUUGCUUUAAUUCUGCCUUAAUUACUUGCGUUUCAUUGACGCAUGUGAUGUUUGUCACCGCCAGGAACUGAUAAUGAAAGGCCUGGUUAAUUAGUAUAGUCUGCAACCUCGAAAAUGUGACAAAUUAUUAGCGUGUUGAAUUACGCUAUAUAUAUAUAUAUAUAUAUAUAUAUAUAUAUAUAUAUAUAUAUAUAUAUAUAUAUAUAUAUAUAUAUAUAUAUAUUACACACACACACACACACACACACACACACACACACACACACACACACACACACACACACACCAUAAUUGUGCUUUAUUGACUUAAAUAAAGUGCAUCAUUGACAAGAACCGAGAAUGAAGGAUAGUGUAGUCCGUUGCUUCUUAAAUCUAACUUUACCAUCAGCGUCCAGUGGCUUCUUAUGUAGUGCAGUGUGUUCGGACUCCCCUUCGCCACUGCACGCCGUUCCUUUUGCUACUAAAUCACUGUUAUGUGUUUUUAGUGGCACAAUAUUGCCUUGGGAUUUAUGAGAGUAACCUUAGUCUACUAAUAUCCAGACACUGUAUUUUAUUUCCAUCAUUUCUAGAAUAUGAAAGUUUCAUCAUACAAAAAAACCGAAGUAGACAAACUAGAAAAAAAUAAAUAAAAAGCAAGUGAAAUGGAGUAAAUAUUGAUCUUCUGGUGUAAUGUCAUUGACUUGUAUUUUGAAAACGAAUUUAUUUAAGAAGUUGUGAUAGAGAACCGGCUGAGAAUGGUACCCAACAUGAUAUACAGUUGCUUCAUCAGUCUUACCAAUAAGGACAUGAUGAUCCAAGAGGCCUGAGUGAAGCUUGGUCAGCCUUGAAUAUCACAAUUAAAAAAAAUGUAGUUACAGUUGUUCCAGCAGACCACAUGUCUUUUCUUUGCCCUCUCAGACUGAGAUUGAAAGUGACCCAGCUUACUUAGCCUUUUCUCACCUAGUUUUGACCCUUUUGACCAGGUGAGCAGAGGACAGGUGGGGUCGGGUGCUCUGAUUUUUUAGUCUGAUUGGAUGCACUGAGAACAAAGAUCCUGCCCACCUGUCCACUCUAUACUGAUUCACUUAUCAGCUUGAAGUACAUACAGAACUAAAUGCAGACAUGGAGCUGUAAACUUUUAACUGAGAAAAGAUUAAUCAUUUCUCACAUCAUGAAGAAUGAAAGAUAAUUCAUUUUCAGAGUUUGUUGCUUCCAUGAUUUUGUCUUUAUUUAAAAGGGUGAAGUUAAAGAAAAUGGGUCUGAUUCAUGGAAAUAAUUGUAUUCAAUGAUGAAAUGUUAGUAUAAGACUAUUUAGCAGAUUGACAUAGGGACAAAGAAGGACAAAAUAAUAGUUACUCAAUUUUCUUAUCUUUUAUUUCCAUUAAAUGUCAAUAUUUUAAAAAUGCUUUAACUCAUAAAUGUUUAAAUAUUCAUAAUGUAUUUUACGUGACAUGUACAUAAUAAACUUUAGUGAUAAAGUGUUCACUAUUCAGUAGCGUUUUUUGGGGGGAUGAGAGUUUAUAUUUGGAAACACCAGGGGUCUGAUCCCAGUGAAACCAGCACACAACACAAGGGAUCCCAUCACAGCCACCACUGUAACACCAGCAGCUCGUGUCCUGAAACACCAGGAAGCUGAAUGAAAGGGUCAAGCCAAAGAGGAGCUGCUGGGCAUCAAACCUAUAAGAGGACACUCAAGGCACAUGGCACCUUUCCAGUCAAGCUGUGAAGAACACCAAGGUCCAAGUGGGGUUCAGUCAACCUAGACUGUCCAACCACUAUAAUUAAGUCUUUGUUUAGCUAUUCUAGGUAAGAUUUCAGCGGGUCCUUUAUUCUGCACCAAAGGAAGUGAAUCUCGUGUUGUUAGUGAAUUCUGCUGAGUGUUGUGUAGAUGAUGAAUUUUGUCAACUGAGUUGUGGCAGAGAGAGAAAGAGAGAAUUAUUAUAUAUAUACUAUAUACAUUAUACAUUAUUGUGGGUGUUUGUUAAGCAUAUAAAUACCUGUAUAGAUUUCACUAGGAAUCACUAUUGCAAGAACUACUAUAUUCGGCCUUCAGUAUAACAUGAGUACCAUAUCAAAAGGCAGUUUCUUGUUUAUCUGUAGCACGAGUGAUCCAUUUUAAAAUCCAGUUUGGAUCAGUGGGAAAAUACUGUGCGUCUUCAGUUGUAGUAUUGUCACCUCAUGAUUAUGUUGCCAACAAGGACCUUGUUUUUAUUUGCAGUGUAUGUUGAGGAGCAGAAGGAUGAAUUUAGCUUUAUCAGUUAGAAUUUUGUUAUGCAUGGAGUGAAAUAAAUAUUUACAGGACACGUACAUUUUGUGAAGCAUCUCUCGUGCUACAGGAAAUAAAUAAGAAUGCAGUGGGUUGAUCUAACUGAAAUGGUGAGUCAUUAUCCUUUACUCUCAAGGCUGUGUGUUGACUUAAGUUAACUCUUACUUUUAUCACACACUAUUGCUGCUUAAGUUCUUUGUGUAUUUAAGUACACUGUAUUUAUUGUGACCUCGUUCACAUCAAGGCUGUGGAUUAGUUGAGCAUGAUUGUUACGUAUGUAUAUCUCACUUUAUGUAUACAGUCAAGGCUUGAGAACUUUUGAAUGUAUGCUGGAUAAAGAAAUUACAAUAAUUUUUGCUGUGUAUGAUUUAUUGAGUGUUAUAGCCCUAAGUCAGUGUUCUGCAGGGAACAAGUUGAGUCAGUGACCUGUGUUUUGUACUGAUAUUAACCUACAUUAAGCAGCAUUCCUGCUUACUAGUAAUGUGCAGAUUGGGCUCGUAUGUUUUUUAGUUUGAUUUUGAGACUUAUGCUUUAUGUUGCCAAAGAAUUAUGUACAUUAUUAUUAUCAUCAUUACUUUUAUUGUCAUCAUUACCAUUAACAUUAUUAUUAUCAUUAGAAUACACCAUGGGAUUUUCAAGCCCUGACAUCAAAUUUACUCAUCUCUGUUCACCAUGAUGUAGCACUGUGUUACAUCAUUUCCUUUCAUUCUUGCACGUCACAAGCAUGAAACUCAACUUUUCCGUAGUGAAAAGUGGGACACUUCUGUAAGGCUUGUGCACUGUGGAGGAGGUCCGGAAGACUCCUCCACUCGGGAACUCACCUGCUGGGCUAUAACAGGGUGCACAAUUUUCCUCCAGAGCUGAUGUAUAUAUGUGUAUGUGUGGUGUGUGUUCUGCUAACUGUGGCAUAUGUUGUGCACUCGAUCUGGUAGUGAUGGGAGGGAGAGCAUGCCACGACUCGGCACAGAGUUGUGCAUGCUUGGAAGUCUGACGUGUGUUGUGGCACAUUCCUCUGUUUUCAUUCAUGCAAUACUCAUUUUUGGAUUGACGAGUGAGUGUAAGCCUUUGCCGUAUUUAAUUAAGUAAGAGUGAGAGAGUUGGUAAAGAGGGCCCAAGUAAUUUACACAGUAGUCACCACUAUCAUCAUCAUCAUCGCCACCAUCAUUGUCACAGUCGUUGCCAUCAUAGAGUUACACACCUGAUGAAUGUUAAGACAGAUGGGGGAGUUGGGCUGUUGCCGUGGUGUUGACUAAACCUACACACCUCAUAGGCUAAUGAUGUGCUGUCCCUUGUAAUUCUUGACUAUAUGUACAGAUAAUAUUAACUUAUAUACGAGGGAGGUAAGCUGAGAGUGAUGUAUUUCCUGAGUAUAAGGGAGCCUUGUUUACCCUUAUAUAUAUAUUAUAUUCUUAGGUGCUUUUGAAAGUAUUUAACAAUAAGAAAACUACCUUAAUAGGUUACCAAAAGUAUACUUGACUCUCAAGAUCUCCCAAGCAUCCAGUGGCAGUGCAUGCACACUGUCACUAGAUGAGAGCAUAUAAUAUUUACUCCUAUACAUAAUACAAUUCUAUUCCUAAGUGGUUUUUGAAGAUAUUAACCAUAGAAAAAGCUCCAAAAUGGGUUGUUCAAAAAUAUACUAAAACCUUAAGAUUCAUCAAGUGUCUGAUAUCAGUGCAUACUUAAUUAUUUAUUCAUGUAUUACCAUAAUAUUCUUCAGUGGUUUUUGAAGAUAUCUAACCUCACCACAGUAAAUGUACCAUAAUAGUUGGUCAUUAUCUUACUGAACUCUUAAGAUCUACCUAACAUCUGAUGUCAUUGUUUACCUAUUGCUAUAGAUGCGAUCACAAUAUUAUCCCAACUCCUUCCUCUACAAACUGGAUGCAUUGAAUCAUUCCCUGGAGGCCACACUGGUGAGGUACACCAUGUAAAGCUUUUAAGGGAAGGGGAGACAGCACAGGUGAAACUUUAUUUAUGGAAGUUCAAUUUAUGAAGUUAUAAAUUAAAUUUUGUCCUUUGUCCAGAUUUACAAAUAUAGAAUCUUCAUUUACAAAUAAAAAUCAAGAUGUUGCAAAGAAGUAAUGAAAAUGCAUUCAGUAGAAAGAUUUAAAAUUUAAAAUUGUUCCUGAAUUACAAGUGUUCAGUUUUUAUGAAUUUUAAGGAACAAAACUCAUUCAUAAAUUGAGAUUCACCUGCACUCAUUUGUGAUAAAAAUGAACUACCCAAGGCAUCAUGAGUACUUGUUGCAUUAUCAAUAUAUCUAAUGCAGUUUAUUCAUGUGGAGAGUAAAUACACUAUUCCAAACACAGCAUACUGUAAUAUCAUAUCCUUUGAGAUCAGUUCAUAUCUAACAACAGUAGUGUCACACCUGUGUCGUGUUGGGAAGACCAUGUUAGUUUGUUAUUGAGGAUUGACUGUAAGUACUACCGUGAGAGGCUCAUUUGCCAGGUUGUGACGUUAAUGGUAUAAAUGUUUGUGUAAAAAGAAGUUGUAAUUCCACACUACAUGGUUGCUCUGUUGAAAUAUAUAUAUAUGGUGCAUGUAGACACUUCAUUACUCAAGACCCUGUGUUGUGCUGCGGUGGUGGGUCUUUGUCAGUAAUAUAUAAUCAUCACAUGUAAUACAGUGUUUUCUCACAGUUUUUCCAGUGUUUCAAGGAGUUGUUGAAAGACUGUACUACUCUCUGUGUCAAUAACUUACAUGCAUAAUUAUAUCCUCUUAUAUUUGUGUGUAUCAUCAUGUUGAAGAAAUAAACCAAGUCCCUAAGUGUUGUGUCACACUGCUGGAGCUCACUGACACCUGGUGGAGGCACAGGUGACCCAAGGUGACCUGGCUGUAGGGGGUCGUUUGUGUCACGUGGGGCAUCACUUGCAUUACAUUUUUGAGGUUGUCUUCAUCCUGUUCGUUCACACCACAGUUCAGGAAAUAUCACGUCCCCGAUGUUUUUGCACCACAAGCACGAGAGAUACUGAAGAAAAGGCUUUAUGUUCCCCUGGUCCAAAGACAACGUGUGCUUGGCAUUGUCCUCAUGUUUUGUGUUGGUAAUCCAUCACUAAUGAUUUAUGCAUUUGAAUUAGCCUUUGUAUAGAGGCUGGACGUCUCUUCAGUCUAAUACUGUUGCCCGAGGAGUGUAGUGGGGCGGCCUGGGGCUCAGAGGUGUUAGUUCCUACGCACACUGUGUGUAGUGUGAGGCUCACUCUUGGUUGUCAUUACUGUCGGCUGUUUAUUAUGUUUCUAGUCCUCCGCUGCUCCAGGUGAUGCCGACAACCCUGCUUGUGUUGGGCAGCCGAGUGCCCUGGCAGUGGUGUGGGGUGGGGUGUGGGUGUGUGUGGCGUGGCUGCUGCCUGCUGCCUGCUGGUUGGGGAGUGUGAGGAUACUAAAACAUUGCCAAAGAUAUUGAAGAAAUCAUAUAAAAUGUAGUAUUUAUAUAAAGAAGAUUGAAAGGAAAACCAAGUGUUGUAAAAUGCAACAUAACAAUUUUUUCUGGAAAAGAAAUUCAUCCUGUGAAUGAAAAAAAAAAAUCUGACUGAUCAUUUAUUUCAACAAUAGGAAAUAUUCAACAAUGAGGAUUUUCCAAGGAAAGGAGAAGCAGUGUCUCAAAAUUUCUCCUGUUGAGGAGGAUGAAAAACAUUGAGUGAAAAAGAUACUGGGGAAAGAGGCAGUCAGGAAAUACUUUAAAAAAUCAUCAUAAUUAUCAUUAUGUGUGAAGAGUUACAGGCAUGAAGAUUAGCAGGUACAGUGAAUACCAAAUAAUAGCACUACAGUUAAUUAAGCUAUAGUCCAAUAAAAGCUUUAAAUAAUUACUCAUGAUUAUUGUGGGUAGUAGAAGCAAGGUGAGGGAGAGAGUGGUCUGAGGAACCUGCUAUACAAGAAAAAGAGAGAGAGAGAGAGAGGGAGAGAGAGAGAAAGCGGAAUCUCUGGAUCUAAUAAUGACUAGGUAUUGUAUAUUAGUAGUCCCCUCCAUAGUAACUAUUAAGGUAUGCAAGUUACACACCACGUUCCCAGUCCUAGCAUGGCCCUUACUUAGCACCACGGCAAGAUGUAAUGCUGUCCUGGUUAUGUACACAGACACAUGCAUAAUGUUGCUUCCUCUCCGCAGAGCAUGUCAUCAUGUACGUAUACUAUCCCACCUUUCUGUUCUUGGUGUGUAGUGAAGAAAGAGCAUAUAUUAUAUCUCAAUAUACUGCGAAAACUCUGCAUUUAUUUGUUCACGACGAAGCAAUGGUUUCUUAAUUUAGAUUCCCGAUGGUGUGGUGUAUGUAUGUGUGUGUGCGUGCGUGUCUUGAUUUUUACGUGUUGAGGAGUUUUUUCAUGGUGGCUGUUCAUGUGGCGUUGUUUUAAAAAUCUUGUACUACUUACACCGUGUCCACAUUCAGAUGUUUGUCCCACACAGUCAGACGUACUGAUGGUUACACUUUUGGGAUAUUAUCUUGCAUGGGAUUAUCAUGUAAUACUUUGAACUGUAGAACAAGAUGAGGAAUUAUUGUCAGUUCUCUAAUCCAAAUUAAUAGAGAAACGGAUGUAAUUGGAUGUUAAGAGGUAGCUGUAAUAAAAACUUAGGAGGUUUAAUGACAUUGAAAAGAAAGAUCUGUAUAUAAAUUGAAUUGUAGGCGGACAAAAAAUUGUCAAUUGAAAAUUUAGAAAGAGGUAUAAUUGGGUAUUGAAAAGAAAGAUAGUGAUGAAAGAUGUUCAAAUUUUAUCCACAAAGAUGCCAUUUCCAUGUUCUAGGAUAAUGGAACAUUCUUGCAACUCACACCAUGAAACUCAGUGUUCAGUCACAUCUUGUCACCACAUCAAUAAGGAAACGACUUGUAAUAAUAAUAAUAAUAAUAAUAAUAAUAAUAAUAAUAAUAUUAAUAAUAAUAAUAAAAAAGCUAUUUUGUAUGCCUGUGGUACUGUAUCCUUGUAUUAUACACCUACUAAAAUGUAUACAUA